AAUGACCGUAACUCGGGAAGAAAGGCCUAUGGGUCCUUAUCCUUCUAGGCCUUUUCUAGUCUAUGUAUCCCCUACUUGUGGGCAGAAUAUCAGCUUAAAAGCUGUUUAUCACUUCGGGUACUUCUCUCGUAAGACUAUGUGAGAUGAAGAACAUUUUGUGAAGAUAUCUGAUUUUAUUCGUUUACAGUCAUAUAGUGAACUGUUCUGUACAACCUAAUUUUUCAUUCAAUACCACUAUCCAUUAAUAUAAAACCGAAUUAUAUUUUAGAUAUUCAACAUGAUAUUGUUUGGUUUUCGCAAUGUUUGGUUGUUUCUAUUGAUUUUUGGGCAAACAUCAGGUAAGAACUCAAUAAAAUUAUUUACCAUAUUCUUCAGAAGAAUCUUUGACUUAUUUUCUAACCGAGAAAUGAUCAUAUUUAGAAAAUAGCGUUUUCCAUAUAUAUGAUCAAAUCAAAUAUAAUAUGCUGAUUCCCAGAGUUUUCUCUCGAGUUUCAACCAGAAGUAUAAGUGCAAAAUUCUGAGUUAAUGAUGAUCAUUACUAUUCAAAUUCUAUUUCAUAUUUCUAUGAUUUUUUACAGGCAUUUCAUACAAUCAACCAAAACUUUGUGCAAAUGCAACGUGGGAUCAGACGGCUAUAACUUUUGCCACGAGCACUAUGGUUGGUACACAACCUGUAGGCAUGUUUAUCAAUACAGAUAAUAGCGUUUAUGUAGCUGAUCAUGCGAAUGGAAGGAUUCAAGUGUGGCUUAACGGAAGUACUACACUUACAGGCAAUUACUCCGGUGGUUUAUCCGUACCUUCUAGCGUUUUCGUUACGGACAAUGGUGAUGUUUAUGUCGACAAUGGCAACACAAAUUAUCGAGUUGAUAAAUGGGGAUGGAAUUCAACAAGCAGUGUUCCAGCAAUGUAUGUGUGUGGACAAUGCUCCGGUCUCUUUGUCGAUAUCAAUAAUAUGCUUUACUGCGCAAUGAGUUCGUAUCAUCAGGUUGUCUCGAAGUCACUGGACACACGUUUAAAUGUAUGGAAUAUUGUCGCGGGUACAGGCACAGCUGGAUCAACACCGUCUACGCUUAAUCUACCUAAUGGAAUAUUUGUUGAUAAUAAUUUAAACUUAUAUGUGGCUGAUUAUUCAAAUAAUCGAAUUCAAAAAUUUGCCUCAGGACAAUUAAAUGGAACAACAAUAGUAACAGGAGCUAUUAUAUUGGCUGGUCCAACUUCAGUUAU